UUGGAGUUUGACAGAUGUUGAGAUAAAAACUAAAACUAAUAUUUACGAACGUAAAUAUUCCUAUCAAUUUGUUAAUACAUUUUUUGAAACGUUAUUUGUUCCAUUAAAAUAGUUAAAUAUCAUUAAAAUGUCUUAAAAGUGAUAAAGAGAGAAACACAACUAUUUUCGUAAUGACAACUGUUUGUUUUGAUAUCUGGUGUGUAUUGUGAUAUUUAUUUUGAAUCAAUGUUAUAAGCUUCUAAUCAAAAAUGGAAGGUGGACAGUGGAGGAACAGCAUUAUAAAUCAAUUGCAGUCAAGAAAUAAAAGGGAAACAGCAGCAUUUCAAGACAUUAUAGCCUUUCAGAGCAGACUGUUUGAUAAUGUUAAUACAUUGAAAAAUGAAAAUCUACAGUUGCAAUUACUUAAUGAGAGAAUUCGUUACACAAGCACUGAGAGUGUACUUUCUAACACAGGAGGUGCCAGUAAUGAAAGAAUACAAGCUUUAGAACAAAAAAUAUUAGCACAACAAGAGGAAUUAACUUCAUUACACAGGCGUCGGGGAGAGAGCGCACAGCAAAUAAUAACUUUGAAUGCAAAAGUACAUGAGCAAGAAAAGAGUCUACAGGCAAAAGAUAUAAUAAUUUCAGAAAACACUGCAUUAAUAGCAUCAUUACGAGCUGAAAUCCAGUUGUAUGAAACAAACAUGUCCGAGUUACAAGGACUCAAUCAAGUUAUAAGAGAUGAGUACCAAGCGCUACAAAUAGCUUUAUCGUCUGUGGAAGAUAAAUUAAGAAAAGCACAGGAUGAAAAUCGAUCUUUAGUUGAACGUCUUAUUAAAUAUAAAGCUAAAGAUGCGGACAAAAUGAAUGAAGAAAAUGAACAUUUUCUAAAGUCAAGCAACCCUACCGCGUUUUUCAUCAACACCUUUGGUAGAGUUAGUUUCGGGAAGAAAAGUGACAAAGUCCGCAAGGAAUUGGAAGACGCUGCGAGAGAGGGUAGUAGUAGAAGUAGCGGUGGCUCCGGAGGUUCUAAUGAGGAAAAAAUUAUGGAUACUAUUCAUUACUACACGUCGAUUUUGCCUACCAAAGUUAGCUUGAGAUUUGACGCUCACGAUGGUGAAGUGAAUGCAGUCAAAUGGAGUCCAACAGAUAGAAUAUUAGCAACAGGAGGUGCGGAUAGAAAAGUUAAAUUAUGGGAUAUGUCAAAAAUAGGUGUAGUGGAAAGCAGAGGUGCUUUAGUGGGGUCUAACGCGGGUGUGAUGUCGGUGGACUUCGAUUCAACAGGCGCGUACAUCGUGGGCGCGUCCAAUGACUUCGCGAGUCGUGUGUGGACGGUCGGUGAUCAGCGGUUACGGCACACGCUCACUGGUCACAGUGGUAAAGUGAUGGCAGCAAAAUUUCUAGAAGAACCCACCAAAGUAAUAACCGGCAGCCAUGAUAGAACACUCAAAAUUUGGGAUCUCAGGAGUAGAAUGUGUACAGAAACAAAAUUUGCGGGGUCGUCGUGCAACGAUCUGGUGACGUCAGACGGUGCGGGCUCCACUAUCAUAUCAGGACACUUCGAUAAACGGAUACGAUUUUGGGACAUACGCACAGAGAUGUCAGCCAAUCAUAUCGUAUUACAAGGGAAAGUCACAUCAUUAGAUCUCAGUAGAGAUAGUAAUUAUUUACUAGCGUGCGUGAGAGACGAUACGAUACAGCUAAUAGAUCUCCGGAUGAACACCAUAGUGCGGUCGUUCAGCCACGAGUCAUUCAAAGUGGGCUGUGACUGGUCGCGAGCGGCGUUCGGUCCGGGCGGCCGGCUGUUGGCCGUUGGCGCCGCGGAUGGAUCCGUCUACGUUUGGAACACGCACACUGGAAAAUUGGAGACUAUAUUAAAAGAGCACUCGUCGGCAGUGACGGCAGUGUCGUGGCACCCUCAGUCGGGGCUGCUGGCAUCCGUGGACCGGGGCAAGCGGGCGCUCGUAUGGGGUGACUUGUGACAGGCAUGGGACUGCGAUACGCAGACGACGAUUAUACCACAGGCCAAGAGUGAGGAGGUGGGGUCGGAGACGUUCGCGGAGGGUGCAGAAGUUCUGGACUUCUUGCGCGGCGUCACCACCGACCUGCUGCAGCGCUUCGCGUAGCGCCUUCUGUCCGCAACAACACGACGACUCGUAUCAAAUACUAUUAUACUCCAAAAUCAUGCACCAUACAAAUAUAAGCCUUACUUUUUAUCAGCGUGUAAAAUUCGCAGUUCAUUGUUUAGUAAAUUAGUGAAUAUUUUUUAAAAAAUGUAAAAUGUAAGAAGAGGUGCUUUAUCACCUGUGAUCGGGUUACACGCGGUUACAAAAAAACGCCUUAUUUUUUAUAAAACCCGUUUUAAAUAAGAGUUUCUAUGUGCUAUAAAUUUUUUUCCAAUAUUUAUGCGUAAGCAACGUAUUGCCUUUUUAUCUAACUUUUCGUAUUUCUGGAUGUUUCGUGUUAAAUUUUCAGUGUGUAUAUUGCCUAAACACAAUAUGUACUUGGAUGUGAAAUUAAUGUACAUAAUUAUAUAAAUGUGAUAUUUUUUUGCCAAACGAUUAUAUUCUUGUGUGUUCAAAAUACAUGGCGAAGAUGCACAUAAUAUAUAGCUAUAUGAUGUUGAUACAAGUAACGUUUAGACAAAAAAAUAACGGUACAUUUUCUAUUCGUCCACAACAAUAGAAGUUAGGAAUAACUAAAUGGCCAAUUUAGAGUAGCGUUACAUGUAACGCAUCGUCGCCGCGGUAUUUUAAAAUCUUACGCACAAUGAGCGAUAAAUUAAUAGCCGGCUAUUAUUGUCAACGUGACUUCAUAUUUGUUUAGCGGGAACGUACGGCCCACCUGCGCUAGCCGUACGCCGGCUCAUUAGCAAACAAAGAUCGAGCUUCGACUUCCGAAAUAGGGAUGAAACGAUACCACGCAAUCUAUCGAUACUUUACUUACUAAUUAUAUCGUAAUAAUGUAUCAAUCAUGUUAGAAAAGCAAAAAUUUGAGUAAAAUUAUGUAUCUACUUAGUGUUAGGAAGAAAAAUCCGACACUGCUGGUGUAUCGGCGCAACACUAGACUUUUUAAAAUAUCAACGCUUACAUAUGUCCUCACUAAUCGAUCUGACACUUGACUUGGUAAUAAAAGUGCGCCAUUCCUCCAAACGAUUCCAACUAAUAUUGUCUAAAAUUAGUAGAUAUAUUUGAAUGUCUACUAUUUCGUAUAGAAUACUACUAGACGCAUACGUAUAUGGUAUCGCUUUAUCUCUAGACGAUCAUCUACCGCGAUCAAUAAACGGCGAACAUAGUAAAGAAUUCGCACUCACAACCGCGUGCCACACAUCCAUAAUCCCGUGACGUUUAUUUUGACAGACGCGUUCGGGCACUUUUUUCGCGCCAGUUUUUGCCGCCAUUUUUUUUUCACCUCCGCCCGACAGUCCGUUGAACCUGCGACGUUUAUAAAGAGCUAUUUUCACAUGCAAUUACACGUAUAGCCGACUUAAUUACCCGAAACCGCUGCGACGCCGUCGCCGACGGGACAUGGAGGCCGAUCGAAAAAACGACCUAAUCCGGCGCCGGUUAAAUUACGCUUCGUUAACCUUAGCCGCGGCUAAUAAUAGCGUAACUACUGCUUUGCAUGGUAAUGCAGCGCGGCGCCUCGUCUCUCUACGUUUGAAAGUUUCUUGCCAACAGAACAUGUCAUUUCUUUAUAAAUUUAUUAAUUUUUGCCUGUGCGUUUUGACAGGCAAUAAAUUUCUGUAGGCGUUCUAGCCAUAUUUCUAACCUAGUCAAUUAAGCUCGAUUGAUAAAUGUGUUUACAAUUCUAUAUUAUGUGAUAAUUUUAUUUCAUUUUUUUAAACGGGACAACUCGUACUUUUAGAAAAUCAAAACUUAUAAUAAAUGUUACGCUAUAUUUUUUAUUGUGUUUCAAGUGUUGGAUGUUUAGUUAUUAUUUUAAAAUCUUUAAUAAUUUACAAUUAAAGAAUAUGAACAUGGGCUACAAAUACUCGACACAAUCACAAAUCAAUGUAGAAAACCACAAUAAUCAUAUGCAUAUUGAUUCUACUUUACUUGUUCAAACUAUUGCUUAUUGUUAUACCAAAAACCCUUACGUUGAUCUGGAGACUACGGAUUAUAGUAGUGUUAACAAAAUUGUAGCUUUAGUUAUUUACAAUAUUUCUAUCAUUCAUCACAAAAUGUUCUGUGCCUUUUUUUACCUAUGAAGUACUUAUUAAAUUGCCAAUGUGUAAAAAAGUAAACGAGUACCAUUUGCUAUAAUAUGGUAGUCUGCAAAUAUUUUUAUACUAAAUUUCAGGUAAGUUAUAAUCUAGUUAUAAGCAUAUUAAAUAGACUGUUAUUGUACGUAAAUAAACAGCUCUAUAAUUAAUUUUCUAAAGGUACGAUUACACUACGACACUAAUCUCGGUACACUCUGAGUGUGAACACGAAUGUCUCUGAUUACAAAAUUUAUUGCGCCUCAUAACUAGUGUCGCGUUAGUUGCUGUGUAAAAAUCCGUACAAGUAUGACCAAUACAGACAUUGAUAUCGGAUAUUCAAGUCGGACAUUUAUGUCGUAGUCUAAUCGUACCUUAACUUUCAAUAUUAGCGUAACUAAAGUUGUUUUCAUAAAUAUUACAUAUUUUCUUCCUUAUAUUAACAUCCACUGAACUGAUAUAUUUAUAAAAAUAUUGUUGUGAUAAAUAAUAAAUAAAUGAAUGGUAAAUACUCUAAUAGGGUAUUUUGUGAUCGCACACAGAUGUUAUGAAAAGAAACAUAAGGAGUUUAAUCAUAAUUGUAGAAGAAUACUGUAGUCAUAAUCCUCCAUAUAAUUGAUUAAGUGAUACUUUCCAUACAUUUCCAUCAUAUUACUAUCCUAGAAAGCACACACGUUUAUUUUUUUAAAUACACUAAUGUACCACAAUCCUUCUCGAUCUUUAGUAUGGGUGUGUGCAGUUUGAAAUCUAAUAUUUAUUUAACGGGACAAGAACCGUUUUGAUGGUUUAAAAAAUAAAAGGCGUUAUUUCACCUAUGGUAUUAAUGUCCCCGCAGAUUACUAUGACAAUACUUUCGGUCUAAAAACUUGGGAAUUUCCCAGAUAUUAAAAAUCCAAAGUGUAAGUGACAUAAUAAAAAUUGUUGGUAUUGCUUAAACUUGCAACACCAACCAACCAGCAACCACCAAAUUCUGUUUAUAAUUUAUGUAAAAUCAAACUGUUUUUUAACUCUGGUUUUCUACGAAAAUUCAGGUUUUAGACCUGGCACUAACAACAAGAACGCUGCUAUUUUGCAAUUUAAAAAAUGUAAUAUUUGUUCAAUUAUAAUCUUUUGUUGACUUAUUAAUGUUCUUAAUAUUUAAUUUCACCACACUCUAAUUAUUAAUUUAGCAUAAAUUUAAAACCACAACUUUGUGUUAAAAAGGCAUUUAUUUUACAUUGACAUCUUAUUUUAACAGAUACACUAAAUUUAUAAAUACAUUUUUUUCCUUUUUUAUCGCUAAUGUCAGUUAGCAGUCAUGUAACCUCCUUUAACAAUAUUGUUUAUAAAAAAUGAUAAAUAAAUGUGAUGUAAAAACGGGAUUUUAAACCCGUAAUCGUCUCGGGAAUUACUAAUUCUUGGUCAUCCUUCGAAUUGUUUUUGCUGGUUUUAUAAGAUGCCCAUGCGGGAAUAGGCCUAAUAUAUUGGGCCGUAUAAAAGACGUAUGAAUUGAGUCGUUUAUUAAAAAAAAGUUAGGCAAAAAGGUUUUUUAAUAUUGUAAUAAAUUUUGACAGAUAUCGUUUCUAAUUUUACGAGGACUUCGAUGGGCUUUAAGCUCCGGAUAUUUUUAUUAAUUUUAUGUGAAAUUUUUGCAGCAUGUGUUUUUAUCUUCGUCGAUGUUUACUAAAUGGAUUGUAUAUUCAAUAUGCGAUAUAAAUAAGUACAUAUAUUA